AUGUCGUGCAUCGUCUCGAUGGGGGUGACGAUAUUGAUACGGAGAUUGCUUCCUCUGGUGGCCGUGAUUCCUCUGAGGAACCCCGCCGCUCUGCCUCUCGGAGCGGUGGCAGCCGUGGUGCUCGUCGUGCAGCUCGCGCUCGGCCUUCCUCCCACGGCAAUGCUGGCCCUGCCCCUGAGCCCUCUCGCCGUGCUCGCCGUGCUGGCCGCGCUCGUGGCGCUGGCGGGGACGUCCCUAUGUCUCCUGGUGUUGCAGCCUCGCAUCGGGGCCCCGACCCUGCGGCUCUGGGAGCAUCUCGCGGUGGCUGCAGAGCUCGAGAUGGCCGCUACCUUCCCGUCGCAGGAGGCGCGACCCGACCCGAACGCCACCCCGCAGGGCCCUGCUGCUAGGCUUUUCGACCCCUGGGCCGCGGCGGCGGGCGCGGGCGCCACCCCGCGGGCUCAGGCUGCUGCUGGUGGUGCUGCUGAUUGUGGCGAAGAGGAGGAGCAUGCUGCCUUCACUCGGGCCUUCUACCAUGCCGACAUCUCCGCACGGUUCAUGCAGCUGCGCAAUGAGUUCGACAAUAUCGUUACUACGGCCAUCACCAAUUCUGUACAGCAGUCAAACGCUCCCAUCGUUGCCACGCUCGCCACUCUUCAGAAGCAGCUUUCCUCGCAGCACACCUCCAUUGAUCAGCAGGUCAUGGCAUCUGUGCGUCCGCAGUUUGAUACCACGCAGCGCCAGUUUCAGGAGCAGCAUGACGCUUUAUCCCGUCGCGUCGACUACACUGAGCGGGACAUCGAGGCCCAGGCUGCCAAGUUGGCUGAGCUGCAGAAGCAGGUCGAGGAGCUACGCCGCCAGGGUGAGCUGGACCGUCAACUUCCGUCGCGUCCUCCUGCCCCACCUGGUUUCGACCGCGAGAUCGACCCGACGCAGGUCAUUGUGGUCUCGUCCAAGCUCGUCGGCCUGGCUGGCGUCCGUGAGGUGGUCAACUCCUUCAUGGGCGAGCUCAACUUCUCUGAGGACGACACGUACACGAUCAAAGCCCUCACGCCGCUCCCCGCCAAAAAGUUUGCCGUGUGCUUCUCUGGGCCGAUCGGCCUGGCCUCCCGACGCGUGCAAAAGGCCCUCGCUAACCUCAAGUCGGACGGAGCAUGGCGGGUCUUCCAGUGCCCAGCUCAAGGUGCGGACCCAGCCCGUCUUCACUUUGGUCCUGACAAGUCGCCGAAACAGGUUCGUGGUGAGAUGCUCCUUCGCAAGGUCCGUUCUUCCCUCAUGGAGCUCGACAGUCAGAGAAAGUGGUUUGUUGAUCGGGAGCGGAGUGUUCUCAAGUCUGACUACACCGACAUCCUGCGGCUU